UGAAUCAAAUAUUUCAAGCAUAGUAGCAUGUGUUGGUUUAUUGCUUAUCUAAUGCCUUGCUGAAGAGGAAAGCAGUAGAACCUGACAUUCCUUGUUGUCCAUGAAGAUGAUCCAUACUUUUCUGUCUUUGUUAAUAACUUGACCUGGGAAAAAAUCAGCAUAUGAAGGAGCAGUUGAAAACCUGGUGGUCUAUUUGCUCCUGGAUUCUUUUUCCUCUAUCUGAUGGACUAUAUAGAAAGUCAAGAGAGUGAAGCAGGAUGAGCAAGCUUGUUGACAAGACCAACAGAGAACACUUCUUAUUUUAAAUGGUUUACCACAUUGGCUGUAUUAGACCACUUACUCAAAUCCUAUGCACACUAGAGCCUGACCUCAAAAUUUGGAAACCACCAUAAUGGAGCAAGGUCAAAAGAUCUAGAUAGAUCCUGUAAUCUGUUCGGAUAUGGCUUACUCAGUUUCCUGUACUAACACAGCAUUAAAUAUGAAUUUCAGAACUCAAAACCAUAGCUCAGUCUGUGCCUCUAAACACACAAACCAGAAUUGGGUUAUGCAUCAUUAGUCAGUUCUUUGACUUGGCAGUCAAGACAUCAAAGCAUCAUUCUUGCAGGUUCCAUUCAAAGAAACUGUGUCCUCGUUUCUGUAUGAAUGUUCCAAGUUGGUUUCAUUUUACAUUCUUACUGAGAGAAAUACGAAGACCAUCAUGGAGACCAUGGAUUUUGAGAAAACAGCCAUUUUCUGUGCCCACAGUGCCCUUACUUCAGGCAGCAGGAAAGAAGAAAUCUUUAAAUCUCCUUGGGCUAACUGAAGCAGAAUUAGAAGAACAGUUUGUAAGAGGUGAUGGCCCAGGAGGUCAAGCCACAAAUAAGACAAAUAACUGUGUUGUCUUGAAGCAUAUUCCAUCUGGGAUUGUAGUGAAGUGUCAUCAAACAAGAUCAGCAGAGCAGAACCGAAAGAUAGCCAGAGAAAUCCUGCAAGAAAAAGUUGACCUUUUCUACAAAGGUGAAGCCAGUGAUGUUUUUAAAGAGAAGAAAGCAUCAGAGAAGAAGAAGCAGGAGAAAAAAAGAAGAGCAAAGGAAAACCUAGAAAGGAAAAGGCAUUUGAAAGAGAUGCAACAAUUGGAUGAGAAAUAAACAUGUGAAACACUUGCC